UACCAGCCACAGCAUGGACACAUCCUGCUAGAUGGACAGCCUCUGCAGAACUACCAGCACAAAUACCUGCACAACAAGCUUGUUGCUGUGGGUCAGGAGCCUGUUCUCUUCUCCGGCACCAUACGAGACAAUAUAUCUUACGGAUUACCAGACUGUUCACUCGCGAAAAUAGAGGAAGCAGCACGCAAAGCCAAUGCACAUGAAUUCAUCUGCCAGUUUCAGAAAGGUUAUGACACAGAUGUUGGAGAACGAGGAAGUCUUCUUGGUAGCAGUCAGAAGCAGCGCAUUGCGAUUGCUAGAGCACUAAUAAGACAGCCACAGGUUAUAUUACUGGAUGAGAUCACAAGCUUUCUGGAUCCUAAGAGUGAACAAAUGGUCCAACAAGCCCUGGCCAACUGCCCCAAUCAGACCUUACUGGUGAUUGCACACAGACUGAAGACCAUUGAGAAGGCAGACCAGAUUAUUGUGAUUGACCAGGGGAUGAUUGUGGAGCAAGGCAGCCACCAGGAACUCAUGGAGAAGAAGGGACAUUACUACAAACUGAAAGAAAAACUCUUUACUGAAUAUAACAGUAACAGUUAAUGUGAAACAUGUUUCAUUAAUGUGAAAUAAAGUCUAAUAUUAAACCUGGAGGCAUGGACACUUCAGCAGUAUACAGUACAACUGUAAUCAUAA